GGGCGCGAUACGACUUCCGGGAGAUUCCCUUCCAGAAACGUGCAGAACAGCGUUGACUGUAUCGAAGCGGUGUCAGUAAACAUUUCAAUAAUAAUAGACAAUUAACAAAUAAUUGUUGUUUUUUCAAACGAUACAGUCUGUUUUCUUUAAAAUGGCUAAAUGGGGAGAAGGAGAUCCUCGAUGGAUUGUAGAAGAACGACCAGACGGCACAAAUGUAAAUAAUUGGCAUUGGACUGAGAAGAAUGCAACAAAUUGGUCAAAAGAUAAGCUGAAGGAACUGUUAAAUGGAUUGGUUGUUGAAGAUGAAGAAUGUUUCUGUGAAAUAAAAUCCCUGACAACAUUAGAUGGGGAAGCUUCAGCAAAUAAUAGAAAAGGAAAACUUAUAUUCUUCUAUGAAUGGACUAUUGCAGGAGAAUGGUCAGGGAAACUUAAAGAUGGUGUAAAGAAACAUAAAGGAAAGUUUGAAAUUCCUAAUCUAAGUGAGGAAAAUGAUGCUGAUGAAAUAAAUUUUGAAGUGACAAUAGACAAAACGACAGAUGAAUCAUUUAAAGUAAAAGAGAUGAUGAGAAAGAAAGGACAGGACAUGGUUCGAACACAACUUGCCAAGUACAUGAAAGAGCUAAAAGAAGAGUAUGGAAAAGGGAUUGUUCUCCCUACAAAGGGCAGUGCUACAGUGACGGCCACAGAAAAGAAACAAGCUGAAAAUAAAAUGCGACAAGAAAUGAACAAAAUGAUAAUUAAUCAGUCAAAAGAAAAUGUUGGUGUAAGGAUCCAUACAAAGAAACUGACAGAUAAGGAAGAAUUCAAAUGUCGUGCAGAGGACCUCUACCGAGCUCUCACAGAUAAGGAGAUGGUGCAGGCCUUUACAUGCGGCCCUGUGUCAAUGGAAGUAGAGAAGGGAGGACGAUUCUCAUUUCUCAAUGGAAAUAUCACUGGAGAAUUUGUGGAAUUGGUUCAACCAACAAAGAUCGUUCAGAGAUGGAGAGUGAAAAGUUGGCCAGCUGAGCACUAUUCAGUUGUGACCUUCGACCUGGUAGAAAAAGAGGAUUGUACAAUGUUGAAUCUAACACAAACAGGAGUCCCAGACACAGAACUAGAAAAAACCCGUGAUGGAUGGAAGGUGAACUAUUGGAACAGGAUCAAACAAAUAUUUGGAUUUGGCUCAAAUAUAUUUUGUUGAUGAUGAGUUUUCAUAAAUUUAAUGAUUUUGCAAAUUUAAAAAAAAUUACUGUGGUUGCAAUUUACCUGAAAGGUUUUUGGGAAGUUAACAAACAACCGACCCUAAUGAGCUAUUUGUUCGCCUUGUGACACUCGCGUCUAUUGGUGUUAAUUCAAUCCAUUCCAACGGAAAUAACUCUGAACUGGAACAGUGAUAUCAUGUUGAAUGUCAUUCAAGUAGCUUGUCUGUUCUUCCUGGUGAACGGAUCCCAACACUAAAAAUGAAUUCAUUAUGAGAUACAGCAGCUGUCAGCUGCUUUGCACAGUAUUGCGACAUCUUCAGGAAAUGACGACCAUUACCCGGGUAUAUUGAUACAGAAUGACAAGAGGAUCGUGACUACAUUCAGAGAAAUGGCUAAGUUAUUGUGUUUGUUCUCAUGUCAGACUGUCUUAUUUAGGUAACCUUGAUAUUAAUAUUACACACUCUUACAUAUGAAUUCCUCUUAUAUCUAAAUGUUUCUACCAACAAUGUUUUCACACCACCUUCCUUUUUUAUUUUUUUUCUCUAAAUGAAAUUGGAUUUUUUGUUGACAAUACCUCAAAUGAAUUUGCAUUUCAGUCAUAUAUUCGAGCGAGGACAAUGUCACUGUUGAUAUUAGAUUCUAACCAUAGCACAACUGACUUCCAAAAAAUCAUUUUCAAGUGAUUUUGAUGAAACUUAUUGCUGGUAUUCAUUGCACAAAUACCUAAACAAAAUAAUGUUUAGGGGUCUGGAAUCUUCAGGUCAAGGUUGCUCUUACUGUAAAUAAAGCAUUUUUCAUUGCUCUUUCCGUUUCCUUUCUUUAAGAUUUUUUAUACAAUAUACAAGUAUUAAAAAACAAAAGCUACUAAGUAACAUUUUACACUUUGUCUAGAUUUUUAAGAAAAAAUGAUACUGAUCUGACUAAACCAUUUAUUUUGGCAGUUCUUACUUGUUAUGUAGGUUACGCGUAUACGCGAGUCAUAUUUUUACCAUAUUUAUAGUCAAGGAUCACUUACUGAUAUAUUGGUCUAAUGCUGAAUUAUACUGAUAUAUUGGUCUAAUGCUGAAUUAUUUUAAUAUUGACAGAAAUGAGAGUCGAAACAGAGCAUAUGUUGGCGAUAUGGAUGAGUUAAAAAAAAGGUCUGAAAUGCGAGUGACCAUACAUAUUUGUUAUAAGAGUUUAAUGAUUAAAUUGUCAAUUUCACAUUAAAUUUGUCUCGAGACCAAAUCAAUACAUCAUCCCAUGAGGUAAACUCAAUAUAUCAAUCCAUUUGUAAAUAUUUAGAGCAGGCGUUUACAGAUCUCCUACUAGAUACUAGAAACUCUGAAAGUCUACGUGAAAUGUUAGCCUUUGAUUUUAUGGACAAGACUGGAAAAAAAUCUUUUAAAUAAGGCAUUUCUGUUCUGUAAAACAAUAUCCAUUUUCUUUUUAAUUUGGAAAUAUCUUUUAAUGUUGAUACUAAAUAAAUGUUUAUUUAUGUGGUGAACUAAAACAAACUGGACACCAAGUCCUACCUACUGGCUGUAUUAAUCUGGUCAAAUUUAUUGGCAAAUGAAAACGUCAAGUUUAUCAGGUUCAUGGAAUGCAACUUGUGGAAUAUGAAAUACAUUACAAUAUCGGGUAGACUGAUAGUAUCAGUGUAUCAUUCCGGAAUGGUUAGUUUCUAAGAUUAUUUAAUUUCUAUUGUACAUCUAACAAAAGAAAUAAAAUUGAAAGUAAAUUAUGAAUAAAUGAGUUGUCAUGUU